CAUUGUCGGUUGUUUUUUGUGCUCAGAUCGAUUGUUAACCUCAGCAGUUGUUUCCCACUCAUCUCUUCUCUCACCUCCCUCUCUCUCUCCUCCCCCUCCUUAGCUUCAUCACAAGCAACCAACCUGUCUCUUGUUGGAUACUUAGUUGGCUGUUGGAACCACUGCAACACACACCCCACUGCCACUAGUAAUAAUUCUUCCGUUUUUCCUAUCAAUUUUCACACCCCUUUUUUUUGUGAGCUAAUCUGUCUUCCUUGAGCUCUCUUUAGUUGAGGUUUAAGAGUAGACGUACAACCGGCUUAGGGCACUCCUCCAGAUGCUGUGUUUCUCUCUCUAACACUGAUUAGGUGUUGGCUAAUUUAGCAAUAAAUGGAUUUGGAAGGCAAGGUUGUUGCGAUUUGCAGUACAAGUGUGAAUAAUUCGAGUAUGCAGAUCAUUAAUCCCAAAUUUAGAGUUAGUUAAGCUAGUAUCUUGAUCGUUUUAUCCAAGAAAGAAUUUAGUUUUAGUAAUUUAGUUUUAGUAUUUCUAGGGUUUGAUCAAGAAUGUCGUUACCUGGCGAAGACAAGGAAAUGAGGGUACAAGGAUACUCCCUCGAGAACCCGCCUGAUAAAUCGCGGGGCUCCGACCCGUAUUCGGGCGGAUCCAAGCACAAACCCGGCUCCAACAAUCACCCGCGGGUGAGCUACCGCGAGUGCCUCAAGAACCACGCCGCCAACAUCGGCGGCAACGUCACCGACGGCUGCGGCGAGUUCAUGCCCAGCGGCGACGAGGGCAGCCUGGAGGCGCUCAAGUGCGCCGCCUGCAGCUGCCACCGCAACUUCCACCGCCGGGAGCACCACGGCGAGUCUCCCGCCACCGCCGCCAUGGUGCACCCCCUCCAGCUGCCGCCCCCGCUCCCGUCCCCCUCCAUGAGCCAGCACCGCGCCGGCACCCACUGGAGCCCCAUGGUGCAGCCGGUGAAGAUGGCCUUCGGCGGGGCCGGGAGCGCCGGCACCGACUCCUCCAGCGAGGAGCUCAACUUCAACGCCUUCCACUCGAGCGCGGUGGCGCCGCCGCCGCCGCAGUUCGUGGCGAAGAAGAGGUUCCGGACCAAGUUCACGGCGGAGCAGAAGGAGAAGAUGCUGGAGUUCGCGGAGAAGCUGGGGUGGCGGAUUCCCAGAGAAGACGACACCGAGGUGCAGAGAUUCUGCGCUGAGGUUGGUGUUAAGAGGCAGGUUUUCAAAGUCUGGAUGCAUAACAACAAAACUUCUUCUUCCUCCAAGAAAAUUCCCCAAGAAUUUUAGUACUAUUAUUUUUGUAUUCAAUGUCACAUUAAUUUCGGGGGAUUUUGUUAUCCAUUAUCAUCAUCUUUAAAUAUAUUAGUUUAGAUGAGCUAGCAUGUUAUUCUAGUGAUGGGUAGAUUGGUAUGUUGAUACGGAAUAUGCAUGCUUCUUAAUUUCUUAGUAAGAACUUUCUCUAUUCA